UCUCACAUAUGGCAUGGACAGAAGAUAUUUAUCCACACUUUGAGCUGUACGAUCCGCAUGCUUUUCAGAUAUUCCCUGCUCCUCUACAGCCCACCACCAUCCUGCAGCAGCUCCCAGCCAACAUGAUGCCUCCUGGCUUGGCUCCCUCCAUUAGGCCCGGUGGCCACGUCAAGGAGGAACUUGUAGAGCUGAUGAUGAUCCAGAACACCCAGAUGCAUCAGGUCAUCAUGAACAACAUGACUGUGUCAGCUCUGAGAUUGUUCGAACACUCCAACCCGCCACUGGGCACUGAGGCUCCCAGAGAUCUAGUUAUAAUUCAGGAGAAUGAGGCUGGUUCAGAGAUACACCAUCAUUAUUACCAGCCUGCCCCAUACCUGUCCUAUCCUGCAUGGCCCCUGCCUCAGGCCACAGCGGUCUACCAAGAGGACCCCAACAAACCCAGUUCUGCUCUGCGCCACAGAGACAGACCUGCUGUCCCGGCCCUUCCUCCUUCACCCAGCGCCUCUGAGUCAGUGAGAGCUGACAUCGCUCCUGCAGCAGAGAACAACAGUGAUGCUGAGGCAGAACAAAGAAGAAGAAAAACUGAUUAAUAAUUCAUUUAGCAAAUGUCUUUAAAUAGCACCAUGGGG